CAAAGCUAAAACAUAAAAUGGGAAAAACGGAAGAUCGCCGCUCCAAACGGAGCAAGCGCCAAAAGCCAGCUAGGUUCGCCACAGACUCGCCAACACCUUCAGUCAAAAAUGAUGUGGUUGAAGUGGUGGAGCCUUCAACACCGACGCCGUUGCCGCAGCCUCCCCUACAAACGGCAUCUCCAGUCACGCCGAUUAAAAAGGGUAACAUCCUGGAAUUUCCCAGCCUACGUACACGACCAACUCCCGCCUCUGCUUCCAACAAGAAACCACAACAAACCUCAACGUCUCCCAACGCCGCUGCGAAAAAGCCGAAGAAGCGUCGUAACAGCGAUACGUCCAGCGAUGAGGAACGCUGGCUGAAUGCCAUUGAGACUGGCAAGUUGGACGAUGUCGAUGAGGAGCUGAAGAAAAUAAAGGAUCCAAAGCUGAUGACGGCGCGUCAACGCGCCAUGUACGAACGCUCGCAGGACGCCGAACCGGCGUUGGCAGGCUUUGUAGAAGAGCUCAUCGCAUUGCCUAGCGGCUACCGUGAAAAAGAGAAGCCACAAACCGCCGAGGAAAUCCAAAAGGCAGCUCUCAAAUCACAGAAACGCAAACAACAGGCCGACGAGCGUCGCGAAAAGGAUAAACAGAAAACAAUGGAGCGUUUAUUAAAAAAGCAAGAGAGUGGCAAGCAGCGCAUUGCUGCGCGCAACAAGCAAAGCCAGAAGCCCGCAUUCCCAACCCUCACCUAUAAAAAUACAUUGGAGGGCGCAUACAUAAUAGUUCCGCCACACCACGAGUUUCCGCUGCAGGCACAAACAGCGCGCACUCCUCCACCAGUCCAACUCUGUGGUGUCGCUGGUUGUGGCAAUCGCAAAGCUUACAGCUGCUCCAAGACCAACGUAGCACUCUGCAGUCUGAUAUGUUACAAAAAAAACCUUGCUUUAGUUCAAUAGUUUUAAAUUUGAAUAAAAUCGCUUUUAUUGGUUCAUCAAAAAGUUAUUAA